GCAUCCCCCACGCUCUCCCUGCACCCCGCACACCCGCUCUAUCUCCCAGGGGAGCGUGUGACCCUCAGGUGCUCGGCUCCAGGGAGCGACAGGCUGCAGGGAUACAGGUUCUAUGGGGAACAGGAGAGGCUGAUCCAUGACGAGGUCCCUGCCCCGGCUGGGGGCGCUGGGCUGGAGAUCGUGGCCGAGAUGGGGAAAGUUGGGGUGUAUACCUGUGCAUACUGGAUCCUGCGAUCCGGGCGACAUAUCCCAUCAGAGAGAAGCCGGCCAGUGUCCCUAUCAGUGCAAGCCCCCCCAGAAGCUCCAUCCCUCUCCCUGAGCCCCCCACGCCCCGUGUACCUCCCCGGGGAGUCUGUCACACUCACGUGCUCCCUUCCAUCGGGGGCACCAGUGGCUGCCGGAUUCCAGUUCUCCAGGGACAGGGGAUGGAGGAUCACACCCGGGAGCAGCGGUGCCCAUGCCCUGAGCAUCACAGGGCCGGAGGACUCCGGGUCGUACACCUGUGCGUACUGGAUACGCCCAUCUGGGCGGAAGAUCCAGUCCCCGGACAGCCGCCCCGUCUCCAUCACUGUCACAGCUCCCCCGCCGACCCCCCUGCUCUUGCUGGACCCCCCGCAUGCCGUGUAUCUCCCAGGGGAACGGCUCAACCUCAGCUGCUCGGCUCCCGGGGCCCAGGAAGUGACAGGCUACAGAUUCUACAAGCGACGGCCGGAGCAGAGCUCCGAGGAGCUGCCAUCGCCCCGGGGGGGACCCCGGCUGGAGAUCCUGGCUGCAGUGGGGGACGAAGGACUGUACACCUGCCAGUACUGGAGCAGGGGGUCCGGACGAGAGCUCCCCUCGGGGCUCAGCCAGCCCAUCGCCAUACGUGUGACGGAUCCCCCCGGGAAGCCCUCGGUGUCCCUGUCUCCGGACUAUCCGGCCUAUGUAGCUGGAGACAAAGUGGAGAUUAACUGCUCAGCGCCCCCCGGUGCCUCCCCGGUGCAGUACGGGUUUUACCAGAACAGGACACCCCUAGGAUCCCCGCCGGGACACGCUUCAUCUUGGCGGACGGAUCUUCAAGCAAACACCAGAAACGCCACCCGGUCCUUCGCCUGCACCUACAUGGAGCUGAUCCAGGGGAGGGAAGUGCCCUCCUAUGCCAGCGACCCCGUCUCCAUCUCUGUGUUCCCGGCGCUGGCCGCCCCGUCCCUGCGGCUCAUCCCGCCCCUCCCGCUCUAUGUGACGGGCGAGACGGUGACGGCCGAGUGCGUUGUCCCCGCUGAGCCCUACGUCCCCCGGGCCCACUGGGUGCUGAGAGACGGGGAGACACUUCGAGAGCUGCCGGGGUCCCGGUUCCCCCUGAACGUCACCCCCAGCGACAGCGGGACCUACCAGUGUGGGUACAACACAGAGCUCCACGGACGCCACCUCCGCUCACCCCCCAGUGAGCCGGUUCCACUGAACGUGACUGAUCCCCCUCCCCAGCCACAGCUGAGUGUGGAUCCCUUGUCCGGAGUGGUGAGUGAAGGGCUCCCCCUGCUCAUCACCUGCAUGGCCCCCAGGAACACCAGCGAGAGGAGGUUUCACUUCUACAAGGAUGGAGCUGAGAUCCUCUUUGCGGACACAGGGUCUGAGAUCAGCACCAUGGAGCCCGGCACCAGCUUUAUGAACUUCUCUGUGCUCAGCAUCCCAUGGGCCGGUCCCAGCAACACCGGGCAAUUCAGCUGCGGGUACGAGGUGAACAUGAGCGGCAGGUGGAUCCCAUCCCCCAGGAGCCAGGCUGUGAACAUCACCGUGACAGCCUGGUCUCUGCCCGUCCUCCUGGUGGCUGGGUGCGGUGGGGCUGCCACGGCUCUGGCGCUGCUGCUGCUGCUCAUCUACCUCUGCAGGAAGAAGACGGCAGGUAGCCGCCGGCUCUCCAUGUCCUACUGGAAGAGCCGGGAGCUGCGCCGGUCGCAGAUAGCGAGACGGUCGACUGACAUCUCUGGGGUCAAUAUGUGUCUCCAGCAGAUGACCGAGGGGGGCUGGCCCCAGGCAGCGUCCCAGGACUGGGGGCUGCUCCCCAAGCUCCCAGCAGAGGGGCCCAGGCUUGGGCGAGCGGCCGGGGGGGCAGCACCCCCUAAGAGCCAGAAUAAGGAAGACGACGCAGACUCCGGGGCUGAGUUUGAAUUCCCGGACAUCGAUCCAACGUACGCGCAAGUCACGUUCUCCUGCUCCACCUUCCGCCAGGGCCAGGGGCUGUCGGACACCCGUGACCUGUGACCACGGCACCCCCCAGCCCCAACCUCUGCCACUGGGGGUCGCUCUCCAGCAACCUUCCUUCUGCACCCCCACCGGCCGCAAGGGGCCUAGGGGUUACAGCGGCUGGGAGCCAGGACUCCUGGGUUCUAUCCCCGACUUGGAGAGUGGAGUCUAGUGGUUAAAGCGGGGAGGGGGCCAGGACUCCUGGGUUCUAUUCCUAGCUCGGGGAGUGGGGUCUAGAGGUUGGGUGGGAGAACGUCUGAACUGUUGGGGUCUCUUCAUCCACCAAAGGGCACAAAUUGGGUUGUUAGCCCCCCACACACACACCUUUCCUGGGGGAGCAAGGGGCUGGUCACACCCCCGGGGCCCCUUGUAACUGAGGAAGGAGCCCGGCGAUGCAACGAUGGUCCGGCAGCAGACUAACCGGUACCGGCUACACCGCCAGCUGCCCCUCAGAGCCGGCCUGGGGGGCCACCAAUAAAACUGUCUUCACAGUUUGAUCUGGUUCCUUCUGCAGCUGAAUGAAGGAUGUGGGGGGCAGCGCGUGGGGCGCACCCAGCCUGUCCCGGCCCUGGGGGAUAGAGCCACCUGCUUCCACUCCAGAGAGCAGGGGGUGGGGGCUGGGAGCCAGGACGCCUGGGUUUGUAUCCCUAG